UACGUGUGUUGCUUGACCUGACGCUGUGACCCCACACAGCUCUCCUACCAAACCCGGCGCCGGAGCCCGACUCGGCGAGUCUCCCCGCCGCCGCCGCCGCCGCCGUCCAUUGCCGAUCGCUUUCGCAGCCACCCAAACGCAUCAUCGCUUGCCAUGCCUAGGCACCUAACCAAGAGCCCAUCGGUCCUCCUCCUCUUCCUACAACCCCGCCGCCUCUGCGGCACCGCAGCGUCCUCCUUGCCCGCCGCGGGAGAACUCGCCGCGGUGUCUGUAUCUACCACCAAGGAGCUUGCCCCCGAGGAUGACCUCUCGGAGGAGUCGCGCAGCCGGCUCGUGCGCGACACCUGCAGGCUGCUGGAGCAACGCGGCUCGUGGACGCCGAAGCUGGAGGCGCAGCUCCGGCACCUGCUCCGGGUGCUCUCCCCGCCGCAGGUCCGCGCCGUGCUGCGCGCGCAGGCGCAGGGGGACGCCCGCGCCGCGUUCGAGUUCUUCCGCUGGGCCGACCGGCAGUGGCAGUACAGGCACGCCCCCGAGGUGUUCGACGAAAUGCUCGGCCUCCUCAGCCGCACCAGGCUCCACGACCCCGCUCGCCGCGUCGUGCGCCUCAUGAUCCGCCGGGGCGUGCGGCGCGGGCCGCGGCAGUUCGCGCACCUCAUGCUCUCGUACAGCCGCGCAGGGAAGCUCCGCUCCGCCAUGCGCGUGCUACAGCUCAUGCAGACGGACGGGUGCGCGCCUGACAUAUCGAUAUGCAAUGUGGCGGUGAACGUGCUUGUCGUGGCUGGGCGUGUCGACAAAGCGCUCGGGUUUGCCGAUCGGAUGCGCCGUGUUGGGGUUGAGCCGGAUGUAGUAACGUACAAUUGUCUUAUAAAGGGGUUAUGCAGUGUUCGGCGGGUUGUCGAGGCACUCGAGAUGAUUGGUGUAAUGCUAAAAAAUGGGUGCCCGCCUGACAAGAUUAGCUAUUAUACAGUGAUGAGCUUCUUGUGCAAGGAGAAGAGGGUGUCAGAAGUGCGGAGUUUGCUGGCGACGAUGAGGAACGAUGCUGGUCUUCUUACAGACCAGGUUACGUAUAACAUGCUCAUCCAUGUGCUUGCAAAGCAUGGUCAUGCAGAUGAGGCGUUGGAAUUCUUGAGGGAGUCAGAGGGGAAAAGGUUCCGUGUCGAUGAGGUUGGAUAUAGUGCAGUCGUGCACUCUUUUUGCUUGAAUGGGAGGAUGGCGGAGGCAAAGGAGAUUGUUGGUGAGAUGAUCUCAAAAGAAUGUCACCCUGACGUUGUGACAUAUAGUGCAGUUGUUGAUGGGUUCUGCCGAAUCGGGGAAAUUGACCAAGCAAGAAAGAUGAUGAAGCACAUGUACAAGAAUGGCUGCAAGCCUAACAUAGUUACGCAUACUGCAUUGUUAAAUGGUCUCUGCAAAGUUGGGAAAUCUUCAGAGGCUUGGGAAUUGCUAAACAAGAGCGGAGAGGACUGGUGGACUCCAAGUGAUAUCACAUAUAGUGUUGUAAUGCAUGGGUUUAGAAGAGAAGGAAAACUAAAGGAAUCAUGUGACGUUGUAGCACAGAUGUUGCAGAAGGGUUUCUUCCCUACUACCGUGGAGAUUAACCUACUUAUUCAUGCGUUAUGUAAGGAAGGAAAGCCAGCAGAAGCCAAAGAAUUCAUGGAGCAGUGCCAAAGCAAAGGUUGUACCAUCAAUGUUGUCAACUUCACUACUGUGAUUCAUGGAUUUUCUCGCCAGGGUGAUUUGGAAUCAGCGCUCUCUUUGUUGGAUGACUUAUAUCUCAGUAACAGGCAUCCAGAUGUUGUAACUUAUACUGUUGUUGUCAAUGCUUUGGGAAGGAAAGGCAGGCUGAAAGAAGCCACAGGUCUUGUGGAGAAAAUGCUUAAUAGAGGAUUGGUCCCUACACUUGUUACAUACAGGACAGUGAUACAUAGAUACUGCGAGAAGGGUACAGUGGAAGAAUUAGUCGAUCUAUUGGAUAAGAUGUUGGCAAGACAAGAGCUUAAGAGUGUAUACAAUCAGGUUAUUGAGAAGCUAUGCGCAUUUGGUAAACUUAAUGAAGCUUACGGUCUCCUCAGCAAAGUACUGAGAACUGCCUCGCAGAGAGAUGCUCAGACAUGCCACAUUCUGAUGGAGAGUUUUCUUAAUAGAGGCCUCACAAUUCAGGCAUACAAUGUGGCAUGCCGAAUGUUCCAGAGAAAUUUAAUUCCUGAUUUAAAAUUAUGUCAAAAAGUUGACGAUCGGCUGGUCUUAGAGGAACGAAAACAAGCUGCUGGAAAGCUUAUAGUUAAGUUUGUUGAAAGAGGUCUUCUGAAACAAGAAAAAUAAGCUGUUGAUUUCUGACAUUUCGA